UAUCUCACCGUUUCAUUUCGGGAACAAUGCAGCACUGAUUUUAAGCACAAGCGGCCACACUGCCAGAACAGCCCCGUGAAAAGAACAAUAGGGGGACCAGCUUAAUUUGCUGGCUAUAGAAAGGAAUGGCUGAUUUUCUAAAGACAAGAAAACGCAGUCGUGAAGAAGAUCCAUGCGAGUCAGCGCCCCUCUCCAAGCGAAUCAACAAUCUUCAUUUAAACUACGACGAUGGGAACAGCAGCAGCAGCAGCAGCUGCAGCAUUCCGACUCAAGUAAAUGACUACAACAAUUACAAUACAGUGCCUGUGAUCACUGGUGGAUCUGCAGCCGCAGCCACCACCACACCAACAGCUAGAGCUGGAGCGGCUGUGCCUAAUGCUGCCAAUGCGAUUGAUAUCCUAAAUGGAGACAGAUAUGGAUACAAUCCUGAGCUAAGUAGCGACCAAAAUCCCUAUUACUAUGAUAAGAACAAAAUGCUGUAUGACUUGCAUGUCGAGCGUGUCAAGCGGAACACUCAGUAGACUAAGUACAUAUGUAUAGGUAGAAUGGUUAGAAUGGACUUUUGGCAUAUUUUCUGAGACUUUAAACAAACCGAUACACAACGGCUUUCAAGUACGCUAUGCAGGGAAUAUUGCACUUGCCAUGGCACGCAAGCUCACACACGCACACCCUCUCUUACACACCAACCAGUCAGUCAAUCAAUGAAUCAAUUAAUCUCAUACAAGACAAAAGAGUGCCAAUCGAAGCUCAGAUAACAUGGCCAAGUCCGCACUUGUGUCGUUUUAUAUGCGUACUGUUAUGGUAGUUAUUAAAACUAAUGUUGUUCUGUGUGUGGAGUGACCUAGGGACCCAAUUGCUUAUAUAACACUACAUAUGUCAGCUAAAAUGGCAAGAAGAGCUUCAUUAACACAAGAUAGACAUCUAAAUUUUCCAUUCGUUCACAUUUAGUCUAAGAACAUUUUGUAUGAUAGUUCAUUAGGAUGUAACCAAGUACAUAUACUAAGAUUUGAUUAAGUCGAAAAGUUUUGAAAUUUUGGCGCUUUGACAGUGUCAUGCAAAAGUUUUGCGACGUCCAACAUUUUGCAGCACUGACAUUAAAUAGUUCGUCUCGUACCGUA